AUGGUGAGUCUCUAUCGUUUUUCUUUGACAGUUAUAUCAAUCCUUCAACGUCUACGGAAUAUAUAUACAUUAAUUAAAGAAAAAAUCCACAAAUUAAAUUUAUUUCAAUCGUAUGCAUCAGCGGCUGAAAGUCAUCGCUAUUACGAAAUUUUAUCAACACGUUUAUACUUAAUAAUAUUAAGUCUAUCUGUGAUCAUAAUAGCUCUUUAUACAUCAGUAAUUGAUCGAACAAAAAUAGUAACAAUUAAAUCACCAAUAACAUUCGAUCAGUAUACAACACUUUAUCAACAACAGUCUCAAACAUUAACAUGUUCCUGUACAACGAUAUCAAUUACAUAUGAAAAAUUCAUUCAAUUAUCACCAACAUAUCAUCAGAUAUGUUCAAGUCAGUUUAUCAGUGAUGAUUGGUACACAUUUAUAACUCUAACUCUAAGGAUAUAUAAUUUUUAUCAGCAUGAAUAUGCAUAUGAUGAUUUUCGCAAAAGAGGUAGUAGUUUCUUUCAAACGUUAAAAGCAUUGUGUCAAUCAACAAAUAGAACGAUUCAAGACAGUUUAGUUAUUUUUAAUUCCGCACAAUUAGUUAAUGCUAAAUUAAUACCACAACAAUUAUUUAUGGCUCAAGCUAAAUCCUACAUUGAUAUUUUUAUAGUAACAACAACAAAUACGUAUAUGCGUUCGUUACAAAUUAUACAUGACACAACACAAUCAAAUGCGUUAUUAGCUUAUGAUUUAACUAUUACUUAUUCCUUAACAUAUCAAAGUGUUCAAAUAACACCGGAUACCUAUUAUAAUGAUAUUAAUCAAUCCUGCUCAUGUCGAAAUAUGGGUAGUUGUAUACAACAGGCCAAACUAUAUGAUUAUUUAUCAAUAUCUGAAAUGAGCGUUACUGGAGUUUAUAUCGGUUGUUAUAAUUUAGGAUCAGCAUUGCGAUCAACAUUAGAAUGUUUUUAUAAUCAAACAUGUUUUACAAAACUAACUUUACUUUUAAAUCCAGAUGAUCCUGGUAAUUUUUCAGUUUUAAAUUCUACUCAACCACGAAGUCAAUAUCAACCAACAACAACAAUACAAGAAAUUGUUAAUAAUUUAAUGGUUGAACAAUGGAAUCCUCUGAUUUUCUAUCAGCCAUAUUUUGAUCAUUGUCAGCCAAGUGAGUGUCAUUAUACAUACUUUCAAAAAUUUGAUUAUUUAUAUACAAUAACAACAAUAUUGGGAUUAGUUGGUGGUCUGAGUACAAUUCUAUCAACAUUAAUACCAUUUGUAAUUAUAAUAGUACUACCUCGUAUUUGGCGCUUGGUUAAAAAAUUAUAUCAAAACCAUAAAAGACAACAAAAUCAAAUUAAACCAACAACAACAACAUCAACAACAAUAGAAAAUUACAAUAAUGUAAGUAGUUUUAAUAUCAAAAAUUCUAUGGAAGAAAAAGAGAGAUUUCGAAAAAAAGAAAUUAGGCUGUCAAGACGCUCGUUUGUUUGUGUACCGCUUCCAGUUCUGCAGUAA